ACCGUUUUUACAGACGGACUGAGCAGCGCAAGGAGCUACCACGACUUUAAAUUAUCAAAAUUAUAUAAACACAAUACAGAUUAUAUUCGGGUCAUAUUUUAGACGAGGAGAGUAAGAGGAGACAAAUAAAUUGACAGAGUAGCGCGUUAAUAUCUUUACAACAUGGCGGCGGCCGCAGCUGAACUGUCUUCAUUAAACUGACGAAUUUCUUUUAGGAAACCAUCCACAACAGAGAAGAUGUUACUGACAGCUCGUCGCCUCUCCAAAGUGCUGCAGCUCACCCUGGCGGUCAUCAAACCAGAUGCUGUAGCUCAUCCUCUGAUGUUAGAGGCUCUUCACCAGAGAAUUCUGGACCACGACUUUGUGAUUGUUAAAUGUAAAGAUCUGGUGUGGAAACGACAGGACUCUGAGAGGUUUUACGCUGAACAUUCAGGGCGAUUCUUCUAUCAAAGACUUGUUGAAUUCAUGUCGAGCGGUCCGAUGCGGGCCUACAUUUUAGCCCGGGAGGAUGCCAUACGUCACUGGAGAGAACAGAUGGGUCCGACCAAAGUGUUCAGAGCCAGGCACACCUCCCCUGCCUCCAUCAGGGGCCAGUUUGGACUCACAGACACGAGGAACACGACCCACGGCUCAGAUUCUCCUGAGUCGGCCCAAAGAGAAAUCGGCUUCUUCUUCCCAGAUUUCAGCGUGGAGGAGUGGAUGGAGAAGGAAGAGCCGUCAUUCAGAUCAGGACAGAUUCAUUAUGACCAUCAGAAACAGAUCCACACGCUGUCAGCGCCGAGCUGACCCUGGACUCUGUUAUUGUUUAAAGUGCCAAAGAGUUUGUGGUAUUGAUGCUGACUUUCCUCACAUUAAGUGAUUUUUUUUUUUAAUUUAUUGUAGUUAAAAACACACAAUAGCCAGAUAAAAAAAGUUAACACUGGAUUGUACAAAGCAACACGACGCAGCAGAGACAGUUUUUUACCACCACGAUCUCCUCUCCAGGCCUCACUGUAAAUAGUGCAAACAGUUUCUUGAGCCACACAAAUUGUAGAGCAGCAACAACCCUGUGUUGUGUUUCAAAGCCAGAUAAUAACAAAAUUGAAUGAAAUAUUAAUUUAGCAACGUGAAAGAAUACUGGAAUAAUAGCUUUACACACUUAUGUAUCACCCGAUUAUUUUAAAUGCAUUGGCUGUGAAAUGUCAUGUUUCGUAUUUUCUGUUGUGUGUUUGGACCAAACUGCUGUUUUGUGUGUCCCACAUGUCAAAGUACAGUAAAACAUAAACCAUACAGUGUUAAAUACGUGAUCCCUGUUUUCGGUCUUACUCGCGUUCUUGUGCUUUCAACAGCCGGCAGACCUUCAAGAUCUUUCCACAGUUUGUUUAUUCGCUCCUUCAUUCAGUCACUCAUUGUUUUGUUUUUUUGAUGUCCAGUUUUUCCCUGAACUCAAGUGUUUUGUGUGGCCACCUGUUUGAGAGCCUCCACAGGUUUCAUGACCUCGUAGGUGGUGAGGGACUUCUUCA